GCACAAUUCUAAAUUGCAUUUAGUCAAUAUCCCUUUUAUAACCUUGUUAUAAAAAUCAGAAGGAAUAUUUGUAAGUAAAGCAGAUAUCUCUAUAGGUUAAUGAGGCCAGAUUUGACUUUGGAUUUUGUUCUUUAAACAGAUUCUAUAAGAUAGAGGAAAAAAUAGGUUAUUUAUAGAGAACAGUAUCUACCUGUGUACUCAGAGGUAUAAAUUUCUUGAUGGAAAUGACUUCAGUAUAUGGUGGAAUCUCAGAAGCAAUUUUCAAAGAGCUUAGUUUUAUUUUCUUGGAUCUUAAGAAUAUCUAAAAUCCUUUUUCAUCCUCAAUUUUGGGAGCCAAAUAAUACUUUAAAUGUUCCAUAUCCAGCAAUUUUAUACUCUACAGCAAGAGGUGCAUCUGCAGACAUACUGUGUGUUACCAGAAGAGAGAGUGGAGUACCUUUAUAAAGAAAUUCAAGUAUCUUAGUGCAAAAGUUAGCUGAAUUGGCUCAUUCGUCAUUAUGGCAACAGCUUCCUCUUCUUUAUUGUCAUUACUUGUUUGUGACAAUGUUUCCAUUUCCACCUUCUCCAUCUGCAGAAAAUUUCACUCCAUCUUUUGCACAAGAUAUUAUCGUAUGUUCUCCAAUAUGACUGAGAUCUUGGCAUAUAUGAACAAAUUCAGCAGAAUACAUCUUUACUACACAGCUGUACUCUUGUUCUGGAAUUUCAAAUUGCUCGACAUCUAAAAUCAUUAACUUCAUAGUCUAAAAGUUCUCUCGAUUUAGUUCUUCAAAUUCUAGUACCAAGAGGUCCAUGGCACCUUCAGCCCUCCAUGUAAUGAAGUCUUCAUUGCCAUCAUCAUAUUUUAGCAUUUUCAACAUGUUGGUGAGGCUCAUGCUCAUGGCUAGGUUGUGUUCACAGCGGUAUGUGUUGAAGCCUGGGCACUCAGGGUGAGUUGCACCAAGGAAAUGUGUGAUACUUUCAUGCUGUGUAGGUUCACCUGAUUGAACUGUUGUUCCAGCAGACCUCUCUCUCACUUUGAAUAGGGAUGACUGUACGACUAAUAAGAUGUUGUGGUGAUGAUGGUGUGUGACAUCUAAGGCAGGGUCAUAAAAUACGUUGUGACUUCUUCUCACUGUUUCUGGGAGAAGUCAGCUUUCAUAUCCCAAAGACAGUCAAGCAGCACUAUGAAGAGGUCCAGGUAAAACUGAAGAUCUUUACAAACAGCCAGUACUAAUCUGCCAACCAAAUGAGGGACUUUGGAAAACAGAUCCUCUGGCCUCAGGUAAGCCUUCAAAGACUUCAGUCCCAGUCAACCUUUUCACUGCCACCUCAUGGUAAACCCUGCACUAGUACCAUUGAGCUAAGCUGCUCCUGAAUUCCUGACUCACAGAAACUGUGAGAGAAUAAAUGUGGUUAUUAUGACACAGUAAGUUUUUGAGGUAAUCUGUUAUGUACCAAUAGAUAACAAAUACAGCCACUACAUAAAUCAAUACAUAACUUCCAUCUGCUUGAUAGGUGUUAUGAUAGAAGUAGAAUACAGGUGUAGUAAAGACAGCGAAUCUGAAGUAGUAACCUGCUGUCUGGGUCUGUUUUGUGCUGCUAUAAUGCAAUUUCACAGACUGGGUAAUUUAUAAAGAACAGAAAUUUAUUCUCUCACAGUAAAAAAGGCUGACAAGUCUAAAAUCAAGGCCCGGUCAGGUUAGGGUUUAGUUUCUCUGCUUUCAAGAUGGUGCCUUGAACACUGCAUCCUUUGGAGAGGAGAAACAUUGCAUCCUCACAUGGCAGAGAGCAGGAGAGGAAAGGAGACAAAUGGAAAUUAGGCUCACCAUUUUAUAAUAGCAUUAAUUAAUUCAUGAAGGUGAAGUCCUCAUGAACUAAAUACCUCCUUUUAGGUUCUAUCUUCCAACACUGUUGCUUUGGAGAUCAGGUUUUCAACAAGUUAGCUGAACUGGCUCAUUCAUUUUUACAGCAACAGCCUCUUCUUUAUUGUCAUUAUUUGUUUGUAACAAUGUUUUUCCAUUUCCAAGUUUUCCACUUGCAGAAAUUUCCCUCCCUUUUUUGCACAGGAAAUUAUAAUUUGGGGGACACAUUCAAACUAUAACAUCUAUCAAAUUAGUAACUCUACCAACGCAAGGCUACAAUGCAAGUUUUCAUAUUUUCCACAAGCCUGCUAUAAAUUAUUUGCUGAUUACAAAAUAAUCAACAAAAUACAAGUAUUUAUUCCUUUGUACAUGGAAGCAACCGAACACUUUUUUCUUUGGUAUGAAGGUCUACAAGUGAGAACAAUCUAUAUUUGUCUUCCUAGUUAAGUACAACUUUAACUAAGGGGCUGAACUCUUGAAUUCAUGUUUCUCUUUAUUUUUUUAAUGUUGAGAAAGUAACCAAUAAUACAUGUGGUCAAAUAAAACGCUCUGAAUUAAAUAUUUCGGCCUGGCACGGUGGCUCACACCUAAUCCCAGCACUUUGGGAGGCUGAGGCAGGUGGAUCACAAGGUCAAGAGAUGGAGACCAUCCUGGUCAACAUGGUAAAACCCUGUCUCUAUUACAAAUACAAAAAUUAGCUGGACAUGGUGGCGCAUGCCUGUAGUCCCAGCUACUUGGGAGGCUGAGGCAGGAGAAUUGCUUGAACCCAGGAGGCGGAGGUUGCAGUGAGCCAAGAUCACGCCAUUGCACUCCAGCCUGGGUAACAAGAACGAAACUCCAUCUCAAAAAAAAAAUUUCAAAGAUUUUUAAUUCAUUGAUCCUCUCCUUCCCUAACCCCCAAUAAAGUUUUUAGUAAAGUGGGAUGCCUCCUCAUUCACAGAAUGGAGGACCCAUGCUAGCAUUUGGGUUACGUUGGUAUCAAUGUCAGCUCAGACUCGGCAUCUGAGAGUUCUUUAAAGAUAUGGGUAUCUGGCCAGGUGUGGUAGUGUAGGCCUAUAAUCCCAGCACUUUGGGAGGCUAAUUUGGGAAUAUUGCUUAAGACUAGGGGUUCAAGACCAGGCUGGUUUGAGCCUGGUCUACAAAAUCCUGCUUCUACCAAAAAAAAAAAAAAAAAAAAAAAAAUUAGCCAGGCUUUGUAGCAAGUGCCUGUAACCCCAGCUACUCGGGAAGCUGAGGUGGAAGGAUUGCUUGAGCCUGGGAGUUUGAGGUUGCAGUGAGCUAUGAAUGUGCUACUGCACUCUAGCCUCGGUGAUAGAGUGAGACCCUAUCUCAAAACAAACAAACAUUUUCUCUUUCCCCAUGUAUAGCAAUACUGGUUUAUCAAUCUAGGGAAGGUCUGAAGGAAUUGAUGGUGUAUACAAUUACUGUGAUAAUUGUAGGUCCUCUGCAGAAAGAACCCAACUGCAGAGGGCCUAGACUUGCUUCUAUAGAUGGGCUCUGGAUUUGAGAACUGGCUUAGGUUUGGAAACUAGAUAGAGAGAUUAUAAUUUUCUAUUGUGGCAGCUGACAUCAGCCUUUGGCUCACCCAUUAUUGAUCUUUUUUUUUUGGGGGUAUGUAGGUCAGGUAUUACCCUCAUAUCUUAGCCCUAGGUACAUGAUGAUCUUUUUCAUUAUUCCUUUUUUUUUUUUUUUGAGAUGGAGUUUCACUCUUGUUGCCUAGGCUGGAGUGCAAUGGCACAAUCUUGCCUCACCGCAGCCUCGCCUUUCUGGUUCAAGCAAUUCUCCUGCCUCAGCCUCCUAAAGAUGGGAUUACAGGUGUCCACCACCACAUCAUGAUCUAUUAACCAUCACUACAGAUCCCUGUAUGCCACAGCCCCCUGGUUUCCAUUCAACCUUUGUUAUCUAUUUAAAUAAUUACAUCUAUCUUUCUCUUGUUAGGUAAGUGGUACCUCCUGGCCUCUGCUGUUUCAGAAUCCUAUCAUCCCUGAAUCCUAGGGGCUUACCUACCAUUAUCCCUGGUAUACAAAGCAUAGACACUGCCAAGCCUCUUAAUGAGGCCAGUGCCUUCAUCCCCAGCCUUUGGACCACUUUACAUUUCUUAUUGCUUUAGUAAAAAAAGUGUCCCCUUUUGAUUCUCUUGAGAAACAGUCAUCUUCCGGAUUUUGAGGUCUUAUAGGAUAGAUCGUUGAACAGUCCUACCUCUCUGAGCCUCUAGACUUCUUCCUUAGCACUCUUCCAAAGCAGUUCUGGCAUCUUCACCUGAUUUGUUGUAGGCCACAGUUUUCCCCCCACCCCCAAUUUUAAAGGAGCUAUCUGAGUAGCACAGAACUGAUUCCAGAUGUCUUUCUUGGGGUACUACCUCCUCAGUUGCAGGAGAUGGCCCUGAUUUCAACAACCUCUCCCUUAUAUUCUGCUCCCCUGGCUCAGCAUGCUCAUGAUUGAUAUCUAAUAUGCUUUUUCAAUUCCUGCAGGUACAUAUGAGCUGGGUCCUAUGGUGAUUUUUUGGUGAAUGAUUUUUCUAGUCAAGCGGAGAUUUGAUUGUUGACCUUAUUUACUGGCCUAGAAACCAUGUGGGUAUAUAAGGACAUACCUUGAGAAGGAUAGCCUCAUCUUUUAUUUAAAUGUUUUUUGUUUUUAAUUUUUAAUAGGUGCAUAUUAGGUAUACAUAUUUAAGGGGUACAUGAGAUAUUUUGAUACAGACAUACAAUGUGCAAUAGUCACCUCAAGCGUUUGUCAUUUCUUUGUGUUAGGAACAUUCACACUCCACUCUUUUAGUUAUUUUAAAAUAUGCAAUAAGUAUUGUUGACUAUCCUGUUGUGGUUUCAAAUACUAGACUUACUCAUUUUAUCUAACUAUAUUUUUGAGCCUAUUAACCACCUUGGCAUCCUCUGCUACCCUUUCCCACUACUCUACUUCCAUGAGUUUAAUUGAUUUAGUUUUUACCUGCCAUGAAUCAGUGAGUACCUGUGAAAUUUGUCUGUUUUGGGCCUGGCUUAUGUCACUGAACAUAAUGUCUUCCAGUUUUAUCUAUGUUGUUGCAAAUGACAAGACUUAAUUUUUUUUAUGACUAACUAGUACUCCAUUAUAUAUAUGUACCCAUUUUCUUUAUCCAUUCAUCUAUUGAUGGACACUUGGGUUGAUUUCUAACUUUGGCUAUAUUGAAUAGUGCUGUGAUAAAAAUGGCAGAGCAGGUAUCUCUGGAUAUAUUGACUUCCUUUCUUUUGUAUAUAUUCCUAGCAGUGGGAUUGUUGGAUCAUAUGGUAGUUCCGUUUUUAGUUUUUUGAGGAACCUCCACACUGUUCUCUAUAGUGACUGUACUAAUUUACAUUGCCACCAACAAUGAACAAGGGUUUCUCUUUUUCUACAUCCUCACCAGAAUUUGCUAUUGCCUGUCCUUUGGAUAAAAGCAAUCUCAUUGAGGUUUCUUGCCCCCACCCUCCCCCCAGGCUUCCUGCUGCCCUGAGAAAAGCCCGCCAAGCCUGCUCUGUUCUGCCCAGCAACAACAAGCAGCCAAUCAUCGCAGCAGGAAAGCCUGCCAAGCCUCGACCUAUCCUGAACUGACACAUAACCCUCUGAGCUACCUCAGCAGUCCGCCCAGAAACGGACAGCCUAUCCUAAGCUCCUACAACACUCCGCCAGCCCUGUGUCCACGCCCCGUCCACCCCCCCUAUAAAACCCUCCUACCCCAGCUGCGCAGUUGCAGCCAGCCCCCGAUCUCCUUCCUUUCCUGGCCUGCCCGCUGGUCCCAAUAAACCUGAACUCGGCUUCCAACUCUUGCUCGGGCUGUUACUUGGGAUCGGGUACCGGGCAGGGGUCUACAAGGGGGUGGCACAUUUGGUGCCGAAACCCGGGACGGAGGGUCGCUAGCCCCCCUAGCGAUCCCCUCCCUCCAGCGACCUCCCCAGCCCUCCUCCAAUUCGGCCUCAGCACUCCGGACCAGGUAAGUCCUGUUUCUUACCUUCUCCUUCCGUGGUGCGUGUGGCAAAGGCCCUUCCUCUCAGUCCCAAUCCACGGAUCCCUCGCCAAGCGCCGGCCGGCCCAAGCAGGAUCCCCCAACCAGGCUCCAGGAGCCUUGGGUCGGCAGACAAGGGACGCCUUCUCUGACCCACCCAAUCCAAAACCAUUAAAUAGGAAUGAUCAGACAGAGGACGCAUUCUCUGGUCUUUCCUAUCCACCUUCCUCUGGGGAAGCUGGUGGGUUGGAGGGACGCCUCCCCCCACAAUACCCCAGCCCACUCGGAUACUGUUCCGAGCUCGGAUACUGUUCCAAGACCACCCUCGGCUGGCAGGAACCCUUUGCCGCACGCAUCAUGGGGAACGUGGAGUCCAAAAUUCCAAAAAACACCCCACUAGGUUGUUUACUUCUCAAUUUUACCUGUUUGGGCUACUCCCAAACCCUUAGGUGGAAAAAGCUUAUCUUCGUCUCCCAGGUGGCCUGGCCCCAGUAUCAGCUCGAUAACAGGUCGCAUUGGCCUCCCACCGGCACUUUUGAUUUCAAUGUGCUCCACGACCUAGAUAACUUCUGCCGCCGAACUGGCAAAGAUAAGGAAGUGCCUUAUGUUCAGGCUUUCUGGGACCUGCAUUCCCACCCUGACCUCUGUUCCACUUGUUCUACUCACCAGGUCCUCCUAGCCCAAACCACCCUACCCCAGACCCCUACCUCCCCGACCAAACCACCUCCGUAUAUCAUGCAAGAAGAGAUGCCUGACCAUUUGUCUUCCCCCUUUGUUCCCACUCCGGAAGUCCCCGACCCACCUAACCCCCCUCCCUCUGUGCCUCCUCCUGCUGUGCCUCCUUCCUCCUCUCCGCCUACGCCUUCCGCCACUCCCCCGACCGCUCCUCCUUCCAUCUGCCCUCCCCCUUCUUCCCCCGUGGCGGCCCAUACCCGUACCAAGACUUCAGCGCCUCCCUCUGUCAUAGCACCCCUACGGGAAGUAGCCGGGGCGGAGGGCCUUGUUCGGGUCCAUGUCCCUUUUUCUCUCCAAGACCUAGCUCAAAUUGAGCGCUGUCUUGGGUCCUUCUUGGCAGACACCUCCACUUACAUUAAGGAGUUUCAGUAUCUCACCCAGGCCUAUAGUCUCACUUGGCACGACAUUCGAGUCAUCUGUACAUCGACCCUCUCUGCCGAAGAGCACGAGCGCGUCCUAGUGGCAGCCAGGCAUCAAGCAGAUAGAGAUCAUGCCAUAAACCCAAACCAAGUCCCAGUAGGUACAGAAGCUAUUCCCACCACAGAUCCCCAAUGGGUAUAUCAGGAUGGAGCUGGCUCCCACAUCCCAGCUCGAGACCGCAUGCUUCAGUACCUGUUGCGCGGGUUAGAAGCUGUAUCCAAUAAGGUCGUUAACUAUGAUAAGCUAAGAGAAGUCACACAGAAGCCAGAUGAGAACCCUGCCCUUUUUCUCAACCGCCUUCAGGAAGCCCUUGUCCGCUAUACCCGACUAGACCCAGCCUCCCAAAAUGGGGCUACCAUCUUAGCUUCCCACUUUAUUUCCCAAUCUGCCCCUGACAUUCGAAAAAAACUUAAGAAGGCCGAAGAAGGCCCAGAGACUCCCAUACAAGACCUGGUUAAGAUGGCCUUUAAAGUCUUUAACACCAGGGAAGAUGCAGCCGAAGUUGCUCACCAAGCUCGAUUGAAGCAAAAGGUUGUGCUGCAGGUCCAAGCCCUAGUGGCAGCCCAGACCCAAGCCCUGGUGGCAGCCCUACGGCCAGCAGGGGCCAGGGGUCCGAACAGCCGCUCCAAGCCCCUGCCAGGGGCAUGCUUCAAAUGUGGCAAGGAAGGGCAUUGGGCCUCUGGUUGUCCUCAGCCACGGCCGCCUACCAGGCCCUGCCCCCUCUGUCAGCUCAGUGGCCACUGGAAAUCAGAGUGCCCCCAGGGAUCCAGGACCCCGGCCAACGCAAGCCAGAGUACUGGACCAAGGGGUACCUCUCCAGGAGGGCCAGCCCCUGACCCCUCUACUCGGGAGUCUGGCUCUCCUGACCACCUAUACCCUGAGCUACUGGGGCUUUUGGACGACUAGGGAGGC